ACUUUUGAGGCGAAAGCCGUCAAUGCCGUCAUGUCCUCUCUCAAGAUUUUCUCUCAGGUUAUACACUGUGUAUGAGCGACAAUGCAGUAUACAGGUUAUAAUUUAUAAGUUAUUCGAUUUAUUCAUAUAAGUCACGUGUUGAAUGUUAAACGAUGGCAAAUAACAACGAUAGCUGUUUCAUCACUGCGCCUGGCUUCUGUCCGGAUUGUGGUUCAGUUUUACCCUUGCUUGGCGAAAGAGGCGGCGUCACAUGUUACACGUGCAAGAGAGAAUGGGGUUCUGAAGUUUUUGGCGACAUGGGAAUGACGCAUACAAUCUUUUUUAAUACUAAGCACACUUAUGCGUCUGCCAGAGAAGGCGAUGAGAGAGAUAGUGAUGACGAUGCAGAUGGGCCAGUGGUAGAGCGACAGUGUCCUCAGUGUCGAAACGACAAAAUGUCCUAUGCAACAUUGCAAUUGAGAUCUGCUGACGAAGGACAGACUGUAUUUUACACAUGUACCAAAUGCAAAUUCAAGGAAACAGAAAAUUCAUAACAUAAAAAAAUCGCGUUAUAUAUCUUAUUUUAUAAGGAAUUUUGUCAUAUGGAACAAGUACAAUUUUUUUUUCUUUUUAGAGAAUAGAAAAUACAUAUUAUUUUUAUACUGCGCGAAAUAGUUGAAAAAGAAAUUAUAUUUUUGUACUCUACAUAUUUUUAUUAAAACAUGUAAUGUCAGUUGCUUCUAGAGUUCUGUUAAUAAGUAUUAUUAUUUGUACAUACAAAAGCAUACAGCGGGGCGUCUUUAUGAGAUUUAUACCUCAAGAUAAAAAUACAUCGCUUUAAUAAAACAUAGAGCUUUAUUUAUAAUACACUCAACAAAUAGUGGUGAAAGAGAGUACACUUGUCAUAAUUUCAUAAUUCUACUGGGUCACAAUAUCUUUUCUUUCUAACAAUGUUCCUUUACCUUAAUUAAGUGUUCAAGUAAGUAAUUUGGUAUAUACAAUGCGCGUGUCUGGAGAAAAGUUAACAAUUAUUUUAAUAAAUUCAUCUUGAUCCACUCUCAAAAUUAUUACAGUGGUCCUUGCAUUAAAAAACUUUUUAAUAGAGAGUUUGUCGAUAGUUCCUUACUUAUCCUAGGUAUGCAUUUACACAUUGGCACUAAUAUUUGCCCGUGGUCUAACAAUAAUAAGAAGUAGAUAUGCUAUCUUACGUUAAGGAAAGGUGUCCCAAUAAACUAAUUCUUGAAUUUUAUAUGCAUUACGUAAACUAUAGAUAUACAAAUGUGAUAUAUAAAGUGAUGUAAUUGCACUUUCUUAAUACUCUGGUAUACCCACAGUAUAAGCUAAAGUGGAGAAAUAAAAUUUGUUACU